AUGGCUGAGCCUCGGUUCAACAACCCCUACUUCUGGCCUCCGCCUCCCUCCAUGCCUGGCCAGGUAAGGACAUCAUCAUUUUAUCUGUCCUUUCAUCUAGGCUGACAUGGUUAUGCAUACUAUUUUCUCAGAAGUAUUUAAAUCUAGGCAUGGUCCAUAUAGGUAAAUGCCCAUCAGAAGAGGUUAACAACUAAGGUAUUAAAUGGCAACAAAAGUUUGACUAUAAUGGGAUCAUCUUAAGCUUGAUGGUUGAUAAAAUGGAGCUGUUUUCUGUUGAACAUGACCGGUUAACCCUUUCAGCUGGAUAACCUCGUGCUCAUCAACAAGAUCAAGGAGCAGCUGAUGGCUGAGAAGAUCCGACCCCUGCACCUGCCACCUAACUCAGCCCCCUCCCAGCAAACCCUGCUGCUGGCCUCCUCCCCCUCGGACGGGGGGCAGCAGCAGCACAGCAUGCCCAUGCCCAAGCCCCAGCAGGGGCAGCACCACCCCCAGGGCUCGGUCCAGCAGCCCGACAUCGCCCUGCACGCCCGCCCAGCCUCCAGCUCUGUGCCAGGUAGGUACUGUAACAGUGUUUGCUGUCUGCUCACCACACUGGAGACACCACUUGGCUCUAGUCAUGCUCUAGACCUAUAUUCUGUUCAAUGGUCUCAAUCUAAAUUGUCUGAAGUGCCUUCCCCUUCGCAUCUCCUCUCCGUCAUCUGCAUUGGCUUAAGAAAGCAUAGAUGAAAGUCAUAUGGUGGAUGCCUACCAGUGUAGUUCUUUCAUAUCAGUGCAGAUGAUGGAAAGUAAGUCAAAAAUAUAGCUUAAAUGCAGCCAUAGAUGUAGAAAUGUUAAUCAUCCCCAUUGUAUUAUGGAGCGUUGUAAGAUUUCAGGAUGGAUGUUGAGUAUAAAUUGGUGCCAUUUAUAAAGUGAUUUUCUCAUUUUCCCUCAGUUAGAUCAGUUAAUUUUAUUACCUUCAAUUUCGAUGAUGCAGACGUGAAUAUGGAUGACAAGUCAGCAGUGAAGGCCAAAGGACUGUGGGAUGAGUGGCACAUGCGACAGAUCGUAGAGCAGCCCUCUAGAGUUAACCAUCGGUCAGGUAAUAACCACACCACCUUUCUCAUUGGAAACAUACAAGCGUCAAAGAAAACAUUCAAAAGCUGUGUAGUUCACAAGGGUUAGACAAGAGCCAAAUACAUUUCAGUGUGCCUCUUAAGUUCUAACACCUUCACUUAUUAGUUUGUGUCAAAGUUCAGUCUCUCAGCAAGCUAAAUCGCUAACCUUUUGCAUGGCUUAUCAUUUGUAAGUCUUCAUGUGCCCAUACACAGGUCUGGCCCCGUCAUCCCGGCCGGACGGCCACAGCACUUCGGAUGCCCUCACGCCCACCACCCCCACCUCCAGCAGCCAGAACCGACUGGGAGGGGCCCCAUCAGUAAACAUCAUCCCUGGGCUGGCCAGUGGGCCCGGCAUGGAGCAGAUGAAGAGCGGGGGCCUGGCCGGACUCCUCGGCCCUCCACCCAAGACACCCCGCGGGCGGAAGAAGAUCAAAGCGGAGAGCGGAGGGCCUCUUCUGGUGGUGCCCUACCCGAUCAUGGCAUCGGGCGCCGACCAGGGCUGUAUCACCUUCCCUGCCAAAGAGGGCAAAACCUACAGGUAUGGGCACUGUUUGUAAAAUGCUUCAAUUUAGCUUAGUUUCAAGUUUACAUCAUUCUUAUUUCUUCAAUAAGCACCCAUUUCAGUGGUUUCAGACCUAGAGACAUUUGAGUCACAUGCACAUAUCGGUAACAGUGUUGCAGUGUUUUGAGUGUUGCAGUAUCAUUCAUAACACAACCUUCAUCCAUGACAUAUGAUAUGACCCAGUCCCAUUUGUAUGUAUCCCUCCAACCAGAUGCAAAGUGUGUCCGCUCACCUUCUUGUCCAAGUCGGAGAUGCAGAUCCACUCCAAGUCCCACACGGAGGCCAAGCCCCACAAGUGUCCCCACUGCUCCAAGUCCUUUGCCAACGCAUCCUACCUGGCUCAGCACCUCCGCAUCCACUUGGGCAUCAAGCCCUACCACUGCUCCUACUGCGAGAACUCCUUCCGUCAGCUCUCACACCUGCAGCAGCACACCAGGUCAUUUGAGUUCACCUUCAUGGAAUAAAAAGGAAUAGAAAAAAAGUAAUCCACCAAAAUCCACACCAUAUGAAAAUGUGUUUGUGGCUUCACAAUGGCAUUGACAACAUUAAAAACAUAUUUUAAACAGGAACACUCCAUGUAUUGCUGGAAUGUACAGUAGCUUUCCAUCAGUGACACUGACAUUGGGUAGUACUGUGAAAUGUAUGAUUAUGUAUCCAUUCUUUUAUAACUGUAUUCUUUUUUUUUUACACCAUAUUCUUUUACAUUGUAAUUAUAUUAUAUUUCCUGCCAUAAUUGCUAAAUAAACCAUAAUAUUUCAGUCCACUAUCUCUCUAACAUAUAUCUAUCUUCCUCUGCAUGUGUCUUAGAAUACACACUGGUGACAGACCCUAUAAAUGUGCGGCCCCUGGAUGUGAAAAGGCCUUUACCCAGCUCUCUAACCUCCAGGUCAGUAUUAAAUCACAGCAUGAUUACUUACUUAUCCUCUACAGUCCAUCUCGCAGUGCUGAAUGGCCCCGAGCCUAUUGAUAAUAUUAAAGGUGCUACACAGUAAAAUUCUACCUGAAAGUAGCCCUAAAUGGCAUACUGCAGAAGUGAAGGAAUACGAUUCCAUGAGAGAAACAUAUGGUCUACUCAACCAUACAAUAAUUACUUUCCUGGGAUGCUCUGAAUGAUAGUUAUCCUGUAAUGAGUGACUGAGUUGCGCUUCCCUCUUCUAUUUCUCUCUUGCUCUGCCCCCCCUCCCUCCCCUAUGUAGUCUCACCAGAGGCAGCACAACAAGGACAAGCCGUACAAAUGUCCCAACUGCUACCGUGCCUACUCAGAUUCAGCAUCGUUACAGAUCCACCUGUCUACGCACGCCGUCAAAAACGCUAAGGCCUACUGCUGUAGUAUGUGUGGCCGGGCAUACACCUCAGUGAGUAUCCUAUCCCACUGUUCAGUAUUAAGUGUUAGUAGUAGUGUAAGCAAAUCCAAGGCAUUGCUAUAGUCCUGGUCAGUUAUAGUGUCUGUAAACAUUUGCUCAAGCCGCACAUAAAACCACAACAUAACUAAGCAUGAAUUAAGCUCACCACAUGAAGAAAGAAAGAGUGGUCAAAGAUUAUUGUGAUUUACUGAAUCAGUUGCUUCCUGACUUUUAUAAAAACCUGCAGGCAAUCACUGCAUUUUGGGACCAGGGUUGCCAACCUAUUCCUGUGUUUAGGCAUUUGUGUGGGGAAACCAACAGGUUUUGAGUCAUCCAUUUUGUGUCUUUGCAGGAGACCUACCUUAUGAAGCACAUGUCCAAACAUACGGUGGUUGAACACCUAGUGAGCCACCAGUCCCCCCAGAGGACAGAGUCCCCCAGUAUCCCAAUACGCAUCUCCCUCAUCUGAGCGCUCCACCCACACAGCAUUACUGUAUGUUGUUGUAUUCAUUUUCAAUGUAAGGCUGUAGUUUAGGGACCCUGGACAUAAGGCAAUUGACACAAGGCCUACAUAUGCAUCACAUGACACCUGACAUUCAUUUCCAAACCCCUUGUUCUAUUUUGACAGAUUGGGUCGGUUAAAUGAAAACGAGCACAUUCUUUGCAAAGGUUUAUGUCAAUGGAAACAAAUGUCGGAUAAUGUCUUGCGUCGAAUAAAACUGAGCACUUACGAAGGCGUUUUGCAAACGGUCUUAUGCAUUGGCCCUUAAAAUUGAUUAUAUAUAUAUAUAUAUAUAUAUAUAUAUAGAUAUACACACAGUACGAGUCAAAAAUGU